AUGAAGGGACUAUUCGUGGAUUUGGUGCUUCUUCUCGUUCUGGUGGAUUUGUUUCUGCGUCUUGACGCACAGCCGCCCCUCCAGAUGCGUCCUGACGCACUGCUCCGAAGCACCGACGGUCGGUCCGGCGGCUCCAGAAACCCGGUGCUGCGGCACAAGGGCAGCAGGUUGCCCCUCUACAUGAUGCAGCUGUACCGGACCAUGCUGGCCGAGAGCCGGGCCAGGACUUCGGCUGUGGACGCGAGCCAGACCGAGACCCAGGAGGACAUCCCCGGGCUGCAAGACGCCGACUCUGUGACCAGCCUCGUAGCCAACAGCUGCCAGCAGAUUGGUAGAAGGUGGUCCAUCACCUUUGACGUGUCCUCCGUGUCUGCAGGUGACCACGUCCAGCUGGCUGAACUUCGCAUCCGCCUGCCCGCCUUCACAAAUUCCUCCAGCGCCUCUGUGGAUGUCUACCACUCCCCAAAACACCGCUGCCCCGGCUGCCCAGACAGCAGGCAGCUCCUGGGCCGCCUGAGGGUUCAGCCCAGCUCCAUGGCGUCUUCCUCCUCCUGGAAAGUGUUCAACGUGACGCAGAUGCUGAGUCGCUGGCUGCAGCAGGAACACAGGAGUGAGGGGGUGGAGGUGCAGGAGGAUGAGGCGGAGGGAAUCCAGCACCCUAUAGCUGACAGGGUCAUGAUGGUGGUGUUCUCGAGGCAAAGCAGUCAGCGGAUGCUCAUCCGUGUGGCGGAGCAUUCCAAGUAUGUCAACUUGGAACGAGGGAUGGCCGCCACCAGGAAGAGGAGCCAGAGGGAGAGGAGGCACCACCAGGCCAGACAGAGGCAGGCUAGGAUGGCCGAGCAGGAGGGCCUUCCCUGCAGGAAGGUGGACAUGUGGGUGGACUUUGAGAAGCUCGGCUGGAGGAAGUGGAUCGUCUAUCCCAAACACUACAACGCUUAUCGCUGUGAAGGGAGCUGUCCUAUGCCGGUGGACGAGACCUUCAGCCCCACCAACCACGCAUACAUGCAGAGCCUGUUGGAGCUUUACCACCCGGACAAGGUGCCGUGUGUGUCCUGUGUGCCGACACAACUGUCGCCGAUUUCCAUGCUGUACUUCGAGGAGGGGAAGAUGGUGAUGAGGCAUCACGAGAACAUGCUGGUGGAGGAGUGUGGCUGCCAAUGA